ACGUCUAAUGACAUUCAAAUAUUGGGGUGGCUUCAGGAAAAUAGCAUACUGGCUUCAGCAAUACAGAUUGGAAGCGAGAAGAAAACAUUUAACAUUGCCACAUUACGAUGAAUCUUCUCCUGAAAUAUAUUCAAAGGUUAAUCGAUCUCUAAUUGUCAAAGGAAUGGAUCCUGAAAAGGUUGCUGCUGACCUGAACUGGACUGUUGAAGAGGUCAAAUCAGUAGUAUUUUAUUACUUCAGACAUGGAGAUUUAAAACAAAAGCCAAGAAUACCGUCAGGGGGGAGGUUUAAAAUGUUGACUCCGGAACAAGAACAGCUGAUAGUAAAAUUUAAACAACAGAAUUCUAAUGCAACGAUGAAACAGAUCCAGUCUUAUGUGCUGUGGGAUCAGGUCAACUUUCCUCAGGUUAAUUACAUUUCACAGUCAACAUUAAGACUGCUUCUGAGGAAACAUGGGUUUGGAAAGUCAAAAGAAAAACAAAUCUGCACAAGUUCAGAAUAAACAAGUUAGUUACAAGAUGUUGUCAAGUUGUUAGGUAUUAAUGUAUGUAUGUAUGUUUAUUUAUUUUGUAAAUACAUAAUAUACAAAAAAUGUUUAUUCCUCCGAGUCUUGCAACAGUCAAAAGACACUUUUAACUUGUUUAUCUGAUGGAGUACUGGUUUGAGUUAGUUGAUAUAUAAUUUACAAUAUUCUUUUAUCUUAAUUCUUCUGAUAUUCAACAGAAAUGGAAGCUAGUUAAAAUUGUCGUUUACCAAUUCCGCAUAAAUAACUAACUUUUGGAAAGUACUGUAUAUUUUACUUCCUUUUCAACCAAGAAAAGUAGAAGUUAUAACAGCACUUGUGGUAACAAGUAUGAUGAUGACAUUUUUGUAUGAGAGGUGUAACUAUUACUUUUUUGAAGGAUAAAUUAAUAGUACGUAUUUGAGCAAUUAAUAGAUUAAAAUCAAAUGUACAGUAGUUUAAGCCUACUUUUGGCAGGUGGUUUAUCUCUCAAAGAGUCAGAUGAUUUUUUUCCAACUGAGGUUCUAUUGUUUAAGUGAAAAAUCUUUUAUUAAAAUUGUUAUCAUUGUGUUUUUAUAUAUUUUGUAUUUACUCUGUCCAUAUAGCUAAAUACUGGAGCAAUAUAAACGAGCUGAAUCCACGAGUAAGCAUGAGGCUAUAAUGGUAGUACUUUUAAGAUCUAGAUUUGUGAUCAGACAACCAUCAGUAUGUGCCCUGGGGCUAUUUCAAAAUGUGAUAAGGUAAAAGUAAUUUUGAUUAUAGCAAUGGCACAUUUUUGUAACUGUAGUGUCACAUAAUAAGAAAACGUUUGUGAGUCUUCGUGUGCUUCUGAAUGCAUUCAUACAGAUAAGACCUAGUGGUUUCUCAAGUUUUACCCUUUUUUAAGAUUCGGGUAACUUCUGAUCAGAGCAAGCUACCAACUUAAAUCAAAAAUUAAAAUCAAGCUGAUAAUGAGUAUAGCUAAUUGAAUAUAUAGUUCCUAUUUAUAGAGGUUAGAAUGCAUUGUUUUGUUGGGAGUCCAUCAAACAAACACCAAAGAAUAUCUGGUAUCCAGUUUCCAAUUCUCUCAACUAGUCUCAUUUUCUUCAAUAUGAUUCUUGCUUUUCAUGUGUUUGGUCAGAAAUUUGUAUUUCAUUGUAGCCACUCCUUGUACUUUUUGUUAGAAUUACUGUUUUCAUUAUGUAUUUAUGAUAGUGUUUGAAAUUUUCUGUUUUUUGUUUCUGUAGAUAAAAGACAUGUUCAGAGCAGCUAACUGUUGUUUAUUAAACAUUGAAUAUGUCUGUUGUUAGUGUUAUCUACAUUCUAAUUGUUGCGUUUAAGAUUAGGUGUGGUUCCGUAUAUUGAAAGGAUCAAUUAAGUUCUCUGUUCACUGAGCCCACUAUUAGAAAUAGUUUUUCCCAUUCCUGGGAGGAAGUACCUUUUGUAAAUAGGUGUAUAGUUGCUGCUUCUGGAGUCUGUACAUAUAAUGUCAGAAAUAUAUACAUUUGUGAAACUUAUCUGCUGUUUUUUUUUGUUGUUGUUGUUGUUUUACAUAUAUAACUUGUGAAUUUGAACUUUGUGUUUAUUAAUUAAUAUAAUGACUUGCAUUGUGAAAAAUGGUACAGAAUUACCCAUGUUGUUUAGAAUUAGAUGUUCUUGCCUGAUACAAAUCAUAUGAUAUUUUCUUCUAAGUGCUUAUGGAUUUUUAAAUGUUUUUACUUUUUAACAAACAUCAUAAUUUUUCAUCAGUUUUAAGAUAUGAUGGACUUGACUCUGACUUGGUUGUUGUUAUGAUCCAUUUAUCUGAAUACAUAUACUUUAGUCUCAUAUGUAUUAUAUAUAUAUAUAUAUAUACUUGCUAGAUGUUCCUGAUUGUUAGUUGUUAUAUACACAUCAGUUUGUAGUCACAGAGCAACAAUUUAUUCUGUACUGAAUAUGUUGGGGGCUCAGAACAGACGUAUAAGCAACAAUAUGAGAUGAUGUUAAUUAUUAUUAUGUUCAUAUUUUACGUGUUAUUUAAUUCAGUUGUCUCUUGAGAUUUUUUAUGCAUAUCAACCAGCACCCUGUUAAAGUUACUUAUAUCUGGUGUUAAAUUGAGGCAAAAAUAAUUAACACUGGGUAGCAUUGAGGUCUUUGUCAUGGUAACUAUAGUCAAGUACAUUGUAUAUUGCUAUAACUGUAUGUACAUUAGUCUGUCAUCUGUGUAAAUAAGUUGGUUGUUACUUGUUAAAAUAUAGAAAAUCUAAAAAAAUAUAAAUAUGGAUAAUUGUGCUCUCCAAAUCUGAAGUUAUUGAAAAAAAUGGGAAAGUUGUACAUAUAUGUAGAUAAUUAAAGAGAGAGAGUUAACAUUCAUUUAAUAGUUCUGGAUAAAGUUCUUGUGUAUAGAAUAUACUUCAUAUAAUUUGUCCUUAUGAUCUUGUUGAUUAAUCUGACAUGUGUGUGACUGUGAACUUGUUGAUUAAUCUGACAUGCAUGUGACUGUGAACUUGUUGAUUAAUCUGACAUGCGUGUGACUUGAGUCACACGCGUGUCAGAUUAAUCAACAAGUUCACUGAGACACACGCGUGUCAGAUUAAUCAACAAGUUCACUGAGACACACGCGUGUCAGAUUAAUCAACAAGUUCACC